AUGUCUGCAACAUCAGCCUCUAGCAGUGCUGCCACCACUACUGCAAGUAGCGGCGGAGAGGGGUCGGGUUCGAAUAAUGCUACAAGCUCACCUUUAUUGUUCUUCGUCGCUCUUGGCUUUGGUGUCGUAUUCACAAAUCUAUGGUAUUUCGCUUCAUAUUCCCUCUGUCCAGGCCAGCAGACAAGCGUUUCAGAGAUGGUAUCUAACGGUCAUCGCAGGAUCAUUGUGGGAGUCAAAUACUGCUUUCGAUAUAACCAACGAAACCGUCAGCUCCGCAGCGAGGAAGUAGGAGAGCCCAUAGACUUGGUCACCAUGCCACGACCUCAUCGCAGGAGAAGGGAGAAAAGGCUAAUGACGAUGGAUGAAGUGAACGGGCGAUUUCCACUCGUCAAGUAUAAAGUGUGGAGAUCAUCUCGUGCCAACCAGGGUCUCUCAACGGAAGGAGGUAUCACAGCUCCGAGUAGCAGACCACAGAGCCUAAAAGAUGACAGUGAUGUCGUGACAACAGCGGUUGGGGUUCACACAGCUACAAUAUCACCAUCCAUCAAGCGCCAUGGACGGGUGGAUUCCAAUGAUACAUCACAAACCCCAAUUCAAGAGCUGCAAGAUGGCCCUCCAGUGCAGACUUCGGAAGAGAAGGGCCCUACAGUAUCUGGGAUGCCUUCUACUCAGCAAUCAGUUGGUGCAGGUAUCCAGAAAGAGAAAUGGCAGCAUGAAAACAUGAACAUUGAUCUCGAGGACCAUGAUGGUGAUGCCUGCAUUCGUAACGCUGUUCCGGCUGAUCUUCUACCCAACCCUGGCGAUUCUUGCGCGAUUUGCCUGGAUAUCAUUGAGGAUGACGAUGAUAUCCGGGGACUUGCAUGUGGACAUGCUUUCCAUGCCUCGUGCGUCGACCCCUGGCUGACUAGCAGAAGGGCAUGUUGCCCUCUGUGCAAAGCCGAUUACUAUGUCCCCAAGCCCCGCGCACAGACCGAAGCACAGUCUGUCGCGGAUCGCCAGGGUGGUCGUACAGCCUCGACCCACCCGGAUGCAAUUCUCAGACCUCCUCGAGUUGCUUGGAGCGGUGGCAGGGCAAAUGGAUUCCGGGCCCAGAUGGGCUUGCCUAGCCGAAUAUUUCAAUCGACGUCUCCAGAGGAAAGAGACAUAUCUCCAACCCGAGAACAGCAUGUGCGGGGUGGGCAUGAUCAGCCUUGGGACCCAGCCCAUGCCUCGGAUUCUUCAGGUCAACCCACCUGGUCUCGAUUCGUUCCUACUCGCCUCCGCCAGAUUUCCUUCCAUUUUCCCUCGUCAAGAAGACCAGCUGCAGUUGGGAGCUCCCCUGUGGAUCCGCUGCCUUCGGAAAGACGUACACCUCGUCAAGUCGAAGCUGGUACCACAUGA